CCUGCGAGGAAAAUCGACCAAAAAUGGAGGGUCUCGUGAAAUGCUCUGCCAAUCAUGUGCCCAUCCCUCCUAUAAGCUUCUUAAAGCGAGCAGCUUUUGUUCAUGGCGAUAAGGUUUCCAUUGUUUAUGGAGAUACAAGGUAUUCGUGGAGGGAGACCCAUGGGAGAUGUAUCAGGCUCGCGUCAACUCUGUCUCAGAUGGGUCUUAACCGCAGAGACGUUGUUGCAGCUUUGGCCCUAAAUAUUCCUGCGCUUUACGAGUUGUACUUCGGAGUUCCAAUGGCAGGGGCAGUCCUUUCUGCCCUUAACACAAGGCAUGAUGCACCCAUGUUAGCAUUGUUAUUACAACAAUUGGAGGCCAAAAUAAUUUGUGUGGACUACCAACAUGUCCAAAUUGUCCUCAAAGCUUUCGAGGCUAUCUCUGCCGCCAAAGCCAAAUCACCGUUUCUUGUGGUCAUUGGAGACAACGAUCCAUGGGCAUUUUUUACCACACAAGAAGUUCCACCAGAUAGUUUGGAUUACGAUAGGCUUGACAUGGGAAAACCUGAUUUGGAGAUCACAAGCCCAAUAGACGAAUGUGAUCCAAUCACAGUGAAUUACACUUUUGGUUCAAAUUCAACUGGAACACCUAAAGGUGUGGUGUACAACCACAGAGCUACCUAUCUCAACUCGAUUGCUCAAAUUUUCCGGUUGGAAAUUAGCGCAAAGCCGGUGUAUUUUUGGACAGUGGACAUGUUCCAUUGCAGCGGGUGGUGCUUCACUUGGGUAGUGACAGUUUUGGGUAGAACUAAUAUCUGCCUUAGAAAUGUCACAGCUAAAGCCAUCUUUGAUUCAAUAUCUAUCCACAAGGUGACACUUUUAUGUGGUGCACCCAAGAUCUUGAACAUCAUUGAAGAAAGAUCCCUUCGCAGGUCACCGGCCACUUCCCACAAAGGUGGAUUUAGUGAUUGCCGGAGCAUUGCCACCACUUGAAAUUUUGAACGAUGUUCAUAAAUUGGGAUUCAAUGUUUCUCAUGCAUAUGGAAUGACAGAAGCCCUUGGCCCUAUGACCGUAAGAUCUUUGGAGUUUGAUCAAUAUGAUCUCGCCAGCAUAAUACAUCGUGACGGGGUUCACAAUUUGGUAAUGGAAGGGGUUGAUGUGAAAGACCCAACGACGAUGACAAGCGUGCCGGCUGAUGGGAAAACCGUAGGCGAGGUGAUGUUGAGGAGCAAUGCCAUGAUGUUGGGGUACCUUAAAGACGUACAAGGAACUCAAGCUGCAUUCAAAAAUGGGUGGUACCGUACAAGAGACCUUGGGGUCCGGGACCCUGAUGGUGACAUUCGAAUCAAAGAUCGGGCAGUUGACGCGAUUUUCAAUUGUGUGUGUAAAGGCCUAGACGAUGCUAU